GUCAUCUCUUCUAUUAUUAUAGAAAAAUUCGCCAUUUAUACAUAGGUAUAUAAAAAUUUUGAUUUUAUUUCACUUGUAAUUUUAACUGAAGAUUUUGGUAAGGCGAUUCUCGACUUCAGAUUCUGCAGCGAGAAUAAUUCCCCUUCAUCAUUAUAAUAUAUUUUUAAGAGGAGAUUUCCUCUGAAAAUUCUGAAGUAAAGUUUUAAACAAAUUGGUAAAUUAGAAUAUGGAAUGCUAUGUAAUAUAAUUAAAUCAUCUUAGCAAACUUAUUUGUUUAAAAUAGCUUUGUCAUGUGAAUAAAACUGAAACGUUUUAAAUUUUACAGAAAUCCAAAUUCGAAGUCAGAACCUAGCAUUUGGACUCCAAGUUCUAAGGACGUUGACUACUUGUCAAUCACUACUGAAGGAAAUUUUGAAAUGAAAAAGAACUUCCCAGGAGCAUAAUGCACUCAUCAAAUAUUAACAUUUCUACUUAUUUUUAUGAACACGUAUCAAUCUCCAUUUUUUGUAACAUAUAUUACCUUUCUAUCAGAAUAUGACCUGGAGUACGGGGCUUCACCCCGUCUCAUUGACAUGGAGUAUGGUAGGUAGGCUAUUACUAAUUGCAUUUUCAUAUUCUGUUUUCUCUAAGAUACUGAACUGUCUAUUGAAAUAAAAAUCAAACUACUAUGUAUGUACAUCUUUUAUUUUUCUCAACUCUAAUAUUAAGGUACGGUAAGCUUAUUUCACUUCUCUCCCUCAUAUAAUUUAAUGGGAAAUAUUAUUCAUAGCAAUACCGUACGGUGAUAAUAACUAAAAAAAAAAAUACUGUUGAUAACAUUAGUUUGAUAAAUAAAAACUUUACUAGUAAUCAACCUUUUCCAGAAUUUUUUCCAUUAGGUAUAUUUUUAUAAGUCUGGCACAGUCUAUGAAAAUCACACAUUUUAAAUUUUUAUCAAUUAACAAUACGGUAGUAUGCUAUUUCAAGAAAAUUUAAUUUCAACAGUGUUGACUCUUGAAUGCAAAAAAUAAAUUAAAUAGCUUCUAACUAAAUAAUAUAUUACUAUAAUAUUAUAUUAAGAAGAGUAUAACAGUACUGUACCUUGAAUUAUUAUAACACAUGUUCCUGAAUUAUCUUACUAUUUUAUUAUUUCACAAAGGCGACUUUCUAGAAGUAUUUUAAGCCUAGGUGAUGAUGAUGGAAUGACUUAUUUGAUUGCUAAUAAGAAUGUAAAUACUUUUUUGAUUUAAAAAUGUCAAAUAAUUUGUCUACUUUCAUUUCCAACUAAUAUGAAACUCACAAAUUAUUGAAAAAUUGUGCAAAGUAGAGGGUUGCAGGUUUGCCACUACAAGCCAGCAUACUACCAAUAUACUUGAAGGUACGGGAACGUGUUUUGUCGUUGCCUAGCAACCAAACCACAACAGACAACAUGUAACCAAGUAACAACUCUGUAGUAAAUAAAGUUCUAUUUAUUGGAUAAGCAUUUUCCCAUCAAAUGUAUGCUUUACAGACUUGAAUAUUUGAAAUUAUGCCUCCUCUUCUUGAUAAAAGUAUCAAACAUUGUAAUAAAUUGGUGCUUCAGAAGAGUCUGGACUUGCAGUUGAGUGGUUCUCAGAUCAACCUUGUCAGUCGUCCGCAAACUAUAAAGAAAGGGCCGAUUCGUAGUGCCAAAGGGGUAUUGAUUAAGAGACCAAUGUCUGCAACUCCAGGACUAGGAUACACGGUUAUUCUUCAAUGUCUGAACUGUAUGUAAUUCUCUUAUUAUUUUCUUAUUCAUUCAAGUUGUUAUUUUUUGCACGAAUUUCACUUUCAACCUUUUUGACGAAUAUCCUUAUGUAAUCAAGGCCUUUGGAAACAAAUUCUACUACUACUUCUUCUCUGAAGCUACCGUAUCAAAAAAUAUUGUUUGAUUCUGAGGUGUAUUCAAAAGUAUUAGGUAAAUCGAACCGAGUGAAGAAAUCGACCCCAGCUUGGACCAGACCGCAGUCAGCUGAUAACUGCACAGCAAUCACCCGUAGAAACAAACUUGCCGCCAGAUUCAAUCUUCUACACACUGAAGAAGAUCAAGAUCUCUUCAGAAAUUUGGGAGCAACUUAUACAGUAUCAUCGUCGAAUCUGCUACAGAGCCUGAUGGGCAGCUCUUCCAUAGACGUGCCUCUCGAUUCAGACAUCUCUCUCACUCCGAGUCCCAGACUCACUAAGGCCAAAGAAGAUAUCGAAGACUUUUCCAAGGAUAGAAGUGACGGUUAUGUGAAUUCGCAAGAAAGUAAUGACGACAGCAAAAAGAGAGACAAAUUAAAGGAUGAAAAAUGUUUGAAAUCAGAGAAAGGAAGCAAUUCAAGCUUGGUACCUGGCUUAGAACCAGGACUAGUGUCUAAACCACCGCUACCUCCCACUGCAGAACAAAAAACUAUGAAGUAUAACUCAUGUUCGUGGAGUUCAUUGACUGAAGCCGAAGGCACCACCAGUAGUUCUGCAGAGAAAGCAAUGAACGAUGAUGACAUCAUUAAUUUGAAAUUUCAGCGAUGGUUUCCAGAUUCAGUUUUGAAUACUAGCAGCUAUUCAUCAAUAGAUGAGGAUCGUAUUAGUAAAGUGAACAUAGAUAUGAAGCAUCUGUUCACAAAUACCAUCGAUGAGAAUAAAUCAGUCCACAUGGAAGCGACAGACUCGGAAUCGUUAGCUGGUUCUAGAAAUAGUCUUUCCGAAGGUGAAUUGUCAGAAGAUUCGGGUGUCAAACCGAAAACGAAAAAGAAUCAGAAAGGGGAGAAAGGGAAGAAAUAUGUCUCCUCUUCUUCAUCGUUCAAUCAAGGGAAAGAAACUGUUAAAGUUAAUAAAAGUUCGUCUGUGAGAGAAAAGAGAGUCAUCUCGAAGUCGUACGUUCGCAACAGUAAGGAGAAACCAAAGUUGAGUCAAUCGCUAAGUGAUAAAGAUUUGAGCAGAAAACAUGUUGAUGCUUCUAAAACCGGAUCAAUGAAAACUAAUAAAACUGCACAGAAAAAGCCAAAUAUUAACGAUAAAACCUCAUCAAAUAUUCGUCAAUUAUCUGAUGUUUCAAAUAUUCCUGAUAACUAUGUUGAAAUUAGUAAUAGAAAAUCAGCAAACACUGAAGAAUAUAAUUAUGAAAAAGGAUUACAAGCCAGUACAGAAAAUUUUCCUCCUUUUUCAUUUGCUGAUUACGAUCUGAUAAGACCCAUUUCCCAUACUAGGCCUUCUACAUCGACAACAAAUUUUUCAAACAAUGGUAAUCUUCUCUACAACUCUUCAACACCUGUAAACUGUGUUAUUGGAACUAACGGCAAUUUCAGUGAUAAUUCUUCAAAAGAUAAAUAUUAUUUUCACUCUGUACAAGGUGCGGGUACUAAACAUGACGAAAGAGUAAAAUAUUCAGAUAUUGAGUCAAAUGUUAAUAAUGAGAAAAAACUGGUUCCUAGCAUAAGUGUUACUGAUCUUAGUGCAGAGGUUGGUUCGAAAUCUAAAGAUGUUCCUGACCGCUUAACGGUUGAUGACACUGAGAAGAACUAUCUUGUUGUUCCUAGAGAUGCAGCAAUCGGUGAAAUUGAGAUCAGUUCUAAUCUCAUAAAUAACCACAGCUACUUGAAUCAAUCACAGUCACAUUUCAAUCGCGAUAAUAUGAAUUCUCCGUUGCAGGAUAACUUCUUCCCUCAGGCUGAAUUCGCCAACGGCCCUGUCACUAGUAGUAGUCGUUCCAUUGUUGCCAACUUCCACCGAGAAGAGGACGGUAUGAGAAAGUUUUUUCAAACUCGUGUAGCAGUCAGCGAAUGCUUGGUUGAAACGGUGCAGGGUGAAGCGCGUAAGGGAGUUGGUAAAAUCAUACACAACAACUCUGUUUUGAAUACAUCUUCUUAUGAACAUUACAAUAGCGGAAAUGUAUCUGAUCUGAGAAAAAAUGGAGAGGACUUCAAUGCAACACAUACUGAUCGUAAUGAAAAACCUCAGACCUCCUGUGAACGAUUUCGAGUGCCAGAGCAGUCGAACAAUGGUGCAAACAAUACUGCUUCUUUUGAUAAUUAUCCCUUUCCACCAUCUGGUCAAAAUUCCAACUCCUUUUUAGGUUUAAUGAACCAAAAUACUCUACCUGAAAAUCAAGUCUACCGACCGCGGGAUUUUGAUGUUUAUAAACAGAAAGACCAAAAUGCAUUUGGAAAGUUGCAUGACAUCAAUGAAGUACCGGAAAGAGAUAAUGAUUUUAUAGGAACAUACGAUGAUAUUGUUGAUAUUCUCAAAGUUCUAGAGCAGGAAGAAGAAAGACAAACUACUGUCAAUAAUUCAAACAACUCAGGAUCUGUUACAAAUAUUAGUCAGAAUACAGGAGUUUUGGAAGGCUCUACUGAAACUAGUCAAGCUAUUCUAAGCUAUCUUGAUGAGGUCAAUCGUAAUUCUGAGAUAACAUUACAAAGAAAUCCACAACCGAAAUUAACAAACGAUAAACCGGUGUUUCAGAUGGAUAAUAGAGGUGAUAGUAGACGUGGAAGGCUGGGAGAACUUCUCUCGAUUCCUAGUCCUGAGCUUGCUCAAUGCGUCAUGAAUUUGAGUUUGGAGUUGGAGGAAAAUGUUGAAGCGAAAAAAGCAACUGAGGAACAGCUGGUGUCAGUCAAGGCCUCUUUUGAGAAAUACAAAUCGGAGACAAAAGCUGCCUUGGAAAGACACCAGAAGUUUAUUGAUCAGUUAAUCAAUGAGAAGAAGCAAUUGAGUGAUAAAUGUGCAACGGUUAUGAAAGAUAUGGAAUGUAAACAAGCACAAGCCAUCAAGGUGCUGGAGGAUCGACAUGCGGUUGAGUUGAAAAAAGCGUGUGAAAAGCAGGCGGCCACUGAGAAGAUCAAGCGGGAGAGGUGGAUCGAUUUGAAGACGAAAAAGAUCAAGGAGUUGACUGUGAAAGGAUUGGAGCCUGAACUUAACCGGAUGGCGAACGUCCAUCAGGAAGAGCUGUCCGAAUUAAGGCGAGCUCACCAGCAUCAGAUGGAUGAAGCCGAGAAAGCAGCCGCUAGACGAUUGGCAUCUGCCCGGAUGCAGAUGGAAGCCGACAAAGAGGCAGCUCUGAUGCAGGAGCGAGACAUGAUGAGGCGUCGCCUCGAGCAUGAGACCACUGAAAUGGAGAAGAGCUACCAAGACCAACGCAAGAGAAUGAUCAAUGAACUCCGUGCUGAGCGAGAACAGAUGCAGCGGGAGAACGCCAACAUUAUUCUCGAGAAAGAGAGAGAACUGCUACAGAAACUAGAGAAAAUAACACAGGAAAGUCAUGAGAAAUACGAGCAACAGGAGAAACGUUUCCAGGAGGAGGUGGAGAGGGUGAGAAACGUUAUGGAAGCCGAGAAAGAAGCCUGGCUGACCAGACAGAAAACGCUCAACUGCGAAAAAGAGAAACAGAUUCGCGAGGAAUUGAAACGGGAACGAGAUAGACAUAUAGAAGUGGCUAUAAGGAAAUUAGAGUCCGAAGCCUCGGGAAGGGAAGAAGCGGCCGAGAACAAACUGAAGCGUGAAAAGGAACGGUUCGAGUGUGAACUGAAAGACAUGGAGAAAGCUCACAACGAUGUUAGGGACAAGUUGAAACAGGCUAGGACGGAUUUGAGUUUGGCUGAACAGCAAAGCUCUCGGCUCGCGUCGGAUUUGCAACAGGCCAUGGGCGAGAUUGAAUCGCUGAAAUUGAUUACUGAGAAAUUGGCGAGGGAGAAACAUGAACUGCAGCUGUUGGGGGAGGAGGAGACUAGAAAACGGGUUGCAGGAUUGGAAAGGGAGCUCGCUCAAGCCAGACUGGCUCUCCGAGAACAAAUUAACACUGUGCAGAAUGAGAAGGAGCGAGAAUUACAGCAAGUUUAUGCAAGAGUGAGAGAGGCAAUUACGAAAAAAGAUGACACCAUAAGUUUGAUGGCGAAAGAGAGAGAUACAGCCCUUGAGCAAUGCGCCCACCUUGAAAAGUUGAUGGAACAGCAGCGUAAAGAAAUCAUCAAACGGAAAGCAAAAUAAGUGAAAACUGAAAAUUGUUUCAAAUAUUUUGCAAAGCUCAUCACUGCCAGCUUUGAACGUAGUUGAAAACUAGAAGCAAUUCUUGUUUAGCCGACAUUCAUUCUAGAUCAUUGACUAAUCGUUUUUAUAGAUUAUUCAACAACAUUUUUGUCAAACUUUGUCUAGUCAUUUUAGUAUAACUGUAGUGACUUUCAUGAUUUUAUAAGCAAUCGUUUUUCUAGUCGUCUCUUGUAGUUGUUAGUCAAAUUACUGUACGAAUGUCAAGUUGUUAUUGUUUGCCUUUGAUGAUUGCCAUUCAAUACAUUCAAGGUUGAUUACUAGA